AUGAGCCCGUUCGAACCCGGUGGACAGCAUCAAUCAAACUGGAAUGUCAAACUUCAGAACUUGGAAAAAUGGUUGAAAACAAACGGCGAUUUUACAUUGAGUGAUCGUGUCAUUCUCCAAGACACUCAAAAGUCAGGAAGAGGACUAUAUCUGAAAACUGGGAAAAUUAGCAGAAAUGAAGUUUUGAUGACAAUACCGAGCGAAUGCCAGCUGAAUUUCCACACGGCAGUGUAUCACAUUUCUCAAUUUAAUCCGAAGUUGUCUUUUGACGGCGUCACCUGUCAAGACUCGACCAUAGCACCGAGUGAUGAGGUAGAUCCACGAUUCCAAAUGUAUGAAAUUCUUAGCAACGAGUUGGUACACAGCUUGAGCUCUUUCCAGCUCCUGUGUGUAUACAUACUAUUUGAAUGGAAGAUACUACCACAUUGGAAUACCGCGCAAUCCUUCUGGAAGCCGUUCUUUGAUGUGUUUCCAACUUUAAAUGAACUCGAAGCGAUUCCAGCUCUUUGGAUGCUUGGCACUGAAGAAACUAACCAACCGUUGUUUGAAUGUUUACCAAUGGCGUCCAGAGUCCAUGCCGAAAGGAUAGCGGCUCAAGUCAGGAAUGACUGGUCAGUGAUCGAGCCUAUCGUCAAGCAAUGGUGCAACGCAUUCGAAGACAGCAAUGUUUCUCUGACGCUUGCAACUUUGUACAUGCAUUUCCUACACAUUUAUUUCGUGGUUAAUUCAAGAUGCCUGUAUAUACAGAUUCCUCUCAAAGACAGCAUUCAUGACAAUUUCACGCUUGUUCCGUAUGUGGACUUUCUAAAUCAUAAUGCUGAUUCGGAAAUAUACUGUUCACCUCAGAUUAAUAGGAUGAAGAAAGGCAAGUAUGGACUGGGGGCUUUCAGCAUAGUGGGAGGAAGCCACCAAUAUUCGCAACCUGGGGAAGAAAUUUUGUUAAGCUACGGGGCGCACUCUAACGAUUUUCUGCUGAAUGAAUAUGGCUUUGUGCUGGCGGAAAAUAAGUGGAACUACAUCGACGUUUCUGCUCAUUGCGAAUCUAUAAUCAAGGAACUACCGAUCCAAGAUUUUCUGCGAAAGCAUGAUUUCUGGGGCGAGUACACCAUAUCUGGAAGCGACAUCAGCUAUCGUCUUCUAGUCGCAAUAGCUGCAAAAGUAUGUCCAGAUUUAAAGAAAGUGGAAAAAUUCAUGUUGGGUUAUUUGACGGAGGCCUCAUUUGAUCCCGCCAUGAAGAUCUUACUGAAAAGCUUUAUGCUUGACCUGGCGCAACAAAUCAAAGCCAGGAUAGAGACAAUCAAAAAAAUGGCCAAUGUUGAUCAACUAUGUGCAAAUAAUAUUUUGAAUAUCUAUCAAGGCUAUCAAAUGAUUUUGCAACGUCAUAUGGCAGAGAUGACAUGA